AUGAGUGGCUCUCUAACUGGAGUUCAAAAAAGAAUCCUACAAGAAAAGUGCUUUCUUUGUUUGAAACAGUUCAAGAUAUUUACCACUUUUUUUAGAUCAAGUUCACUUAGAUGGAAACAAUUGGCUUUUGGAGAAGAUAAAGGACUAAAGAUUAAAAAUGUAACUAUAAAACAAUUAUGUCCUACCCGUUGGGAGGCUCGUCAUAAUGCAAUAUUUUCUUUAAAACAGAGAUUUUCAGAUAUUUUAAGAGUAGUUACAAAUAUUCAAUUAACAAGUGACAAAAGUGAUGAAAUACAUAUGGCAAAAAUAUUACAAAACAAACUAGGGUCAGCAGAAUUUAUUCUUAUUCUAUGCAUAUGGGAACCAAUUUUGGGAUCACUUCAAAUUUUAUCUAAAACUUUACAGUCUGUUCAUCUUAGCUUAAACAAAGCUUCAAUACAGUUACAAAAGGCUACUGAAAGUAUAGAAAAAAUGAGACAAGAGUACGAAAAAAUAACUGUUAACGCAAGAAAAUUGUAUGAAACAUGGAAUAUACCAUUUAAAUUUGAUAAAAAGCUUCAACGAUAUGCUGUAAGACAUUUUGACGAAGUAGAUAGUGAUUUCGACUUACGUAUACUUAUUCCUCAAACAUUAGUAGAAAUGUCUGAAGAACUUUUAAUAAAAUCAGCGUAUGACUUUACCAUUAAAUACAGAGAUGAUAUAAGUUCAGAUUUUACAAGACAAAUUCUCUUUAAAAGCAUAUUUAUCAUCAACUUAUCAAGAAAACUCACUUCAAAAAAUGACUGUCAAGACCGGUUAUCUAACAUCACUAUUCUGAACAUCGAAAGACUUCAAGCAGAAAAUAUUAAUGUAGACAAAAUCAUUGAAGACUUUGCAAAUUUAAAAGCAAGAAAAAAGAAUUUUCUUCGAUAG